AAAACCUAGGUUUAAUGAACAUAGAAGCAAAGCUGAAAGCAGGUUGACGAGUUAGAAAACUUCUGCAAUAGUCCAAGUAAGAAGUGACCAGGAAUAAGAAGUAAUGGAAUAAUGAUAAAUGGCUGAAGAAGCAUAACAGUAAAUGAGUUGCUACACAGAACAAAAACUGAGUCAAAUGAUGGCAUAUCAACAAUGAAGACCAGAAUUGUCAAGAUAUCAAGAUUCAAGAAAUGGAAAUUACCAGAAACAAACAAAAAAUUAGAUACCUCUCGCAAAUGGACAUUUGAAGGUGCCAUUGUCAUAUUCUUGCAAGCAUGGAGACCUCAUCGAUGCUCUCCUCACUGAAUGAGGAGUGUAAAUCUGACAACUACAUUGAACCUCACUAUAAGGAAUGGUAUCGAGUGGCCGUUGAUACCCUGAUUGAACAUGGAUUAGAAGCAUACCAAGAAUUUCUUUCAAAGGAACGAGUUGCAGACUUCCUAGCUGAGGAGGAAAUCAAUUACAUUUUGAAAAAUGUUCAGAAGGUGGCACAAAGUGCAGCGCAUGGUACUGAUAAUUCCUAUGAUGAUACCUCAUCUUCAGGGACUUACUGGCCCAUUGAGUCUGAUGUGGAAGCUCCAAAUCUUGAUUUAGGCUGGCCAUAUGUUAUGCCUGGACUCUUAGGGGGCACCCAUAUAGAUCUCCUCUUUCAUCCGCCAAGAGCACACCUGCUUACAAUAAAGGAAACUAUUAGGAAGAUGAUAAAAGAAGCAAGAAAGGUCAUUGCUUUAGUGAUGGAUAUGUUUACAGAUGUGGACAUUUUCAAAGAAAUAGUGGAGGCAUCAACUCGGGGGAUAUCUGUAUAUAUUUUACUCGAUGAGUCCAAUUUUAAUCAUUUUCUAAAUAUGACUGAAAAGCAGAGUUGUCAAAUUCAACGUCUCAGGAAUAUUCGAGUGCGGACAGUAAAAGGUCAAGAUUAUCUUUCAAAAACUGGGGCAAAAUUCCAUGGAAAACUGGAACAGAAAUUUUUGUUAGUUGACUGCCAGAAAGUGAUGUAUGGCUCUUACAGCUACAUGUGGUCAUUUGAAAAAGCACACCUCAGCAUGGUCCAGAUAAUCACAGGGCAACUUGUUGAGUCCUUUGAUGAAGAAUUUAGAACCCUCUAUGCCAGAUCCUGUGUCCCCAGUUCAUUUGCUCAGGAGGAAUUGGCAAGGGUGAAACAUGGCAAGGCACUUUGGGAGAACGGCACCUACCAGCGAUCGGUUUCUUCACUAGCUUCUGUUUCCAGCCAAAGAAACCUCUUUGGCAGACAAGACAAAAUUCAUAAACUAGAUUCUAGUUACUUCAAAAACAGAGGGAUAUAUGCCCUAAAUGAACAUGACAAAUACAACAUAAGGAAUCAUGGAUACAAACCUCAUUUUAUUCCAAACUUUAAUGGUCCAAACACAAUCCGACAGUUUCAACCCAAUCAAAUAAAUGAAAAUUGGAAAAGACAUAGUUAUGCUGGGGAACAGCCAGAAACAACACCAUACCUGCUGCUUAAUAGGGCUCUGAAUCGAACCAAUAAUCCUCCUGGGAAUUGGAAGAGGCCUUCAGAUAGCCUCAGUGUGGCCUCCUCCUCACGGGGAGGCUAUACAGGCCACCAUGAUACACCCGCCCAGAGUUUUGCCAAUCGGCUUGCCCAGCGAAAGACAACGAAUCUUGCAGAAAGGAAUUCGAAUGUGCGGAGGUCUUUUAAUGGGACAGAUAAUCACAUUCGCUCUUUACAACAACGAAUGCCAACCCUGGAGCACACCACUAAAUCAUUCCUGCGCAACUGGAGAAUUGAAUCCUACUUAAAUGACAAUUCAGAAGGCACGCCUGAUUCAAAUGGCUCCGCUUUAGGUGACCGAUUUGAGGGCUAUGAUAGCUCUGAGAAUUUGAAAGCCAAUGCCAUUUAUACUCACUCUCGGCUUCGCUCCUCUUUUGUAUUUAAACCAACUCUACCUGAGCAGCAAGAAGUUAACAGUUGUACAACCAGCUCUUCCAAUUCAACUAUUGUUGAUUCCCAGGGAAGUGACACACCUCAAGAGAUCCCAGAUACCCCUCCAAGUGUACAGUAUUUGACAGAGAAACCUUUACCUGAAUCAAUCCCCAAGCUUCCAAUACAGUCAGAAGCACCAAAAAUGCAUACCUUGCAGGUUCCUGGAAACCAGUCACCAGUCGUAAACCAAACUACAAAUACCCAUGCAGAAUCAAACAACUAUAUAUAUACAACCCUGUGUGUAAAUAAGCAGGCAGAAAAUCUGAAGAAUCAACAAAAAGAGAAUCUUCUUAAAAGACGCAGCUUCCCAUUCUUUGACCAUUCAAAACCCAAUUUAGAUCAUGGAAAUAGUAAGCAUUAUGUAUAUAGUACACUUACCAGGAAUCGAGUUAGACAACCAGAAAAACCCAAAGAGGAUUUGCUAAAAAGUUCUAAAAGCAUGCACAAUGUGACCCAUAACGUGGAGGAGGAGGAGGGGGAGGAAGCCUCUAUCAAGAAAGAUGCUCCAAGUGGCACCACCACCAAAUCAAUUUCCAUGGCUGCUUUACUUGAUGUGAAUAAAGAGGAACCCAAUAAAGAACAUGCAUCAAAGAAGGAGGUAAAGGGUUCCCCAAGUUUUUUGAAAAAGGGAUCUCAGAAGUUAAGGUCAUUACUUAGCCUUACCCCAGAAAAGAAAGAAAAUCUAUCCAAAAACAAAGCACCUGCAUUUUAUAGAAUGUGCAGUAGUUCUGACACAUUAGUAUCUGAAGGUGAGGAGAAUCAAAAACUAAAGAAAUCAGAACCAAAAGCUGAUUCAUCUCCUAGAAGAAAGCGUUCUUCCUCAUCAAAUUCUCAAGGUAGCAUUCAUAAGAGUAAGGAAGAUGUAACAGUUGGCUCAAUUCAGGGGAUGAAUCCUCCAUCAGAUGAAAGUGGCAAAAUAAUACCUUCCCCAGGUCAAGUUGAAAGAAAGUUCUUGGAGAGGGCAGGAGAUGCCUCUGCCCCAAGAUUUAACACUGAACAGAUCCAAUACCGCGAUUCAAAGGAAGUGAAUGCACCUGUUGUUCCUGAAAGGAGAGCAACCUCUUCUCCAAGGCCAAAGCCCAGUGAGCUUCUACGAACUCAUUCAACUGACCGGCGUGUUUACAGUCGAUUUGAGCCAUUUUGUAAGAUGGAGAGCUCUAUGCAGCCAACAAGCAGCAUUCCAAAUACCAGUGUAAAUCGCCCAGAAAUAAAACCCACAACAAUGGGUAACAGUUAUGGCAGAUCCAGCCCAAUGCUUAAUUACAAUGCUGGUGUUUACCGCUCCUAUCAGCCAAAUGAAAACAAGUUUCGAGGAUUUAUGCAAAAGUUUGGAAACUUUAUCCACAAAAACAAAUGAAAUGCUGAAUGUAGCUAUGAAUAUUUGUCCAAAGAACACAGUGGAUAGUUGUUAUAACAUGUGCACAGGUUUCUGUAAUGGAAGAACUGUGGGUGUGACUUACAUGUUCACCAGCAUAGUAGUGUACAGCAGUUAUUGUUCUGUAUGAUAAAAUUAGUUGUGCUUAAUUACCCUAUAAAUGGACUUUCUCUGUAAAGACAUGAUUUUAAAAUCGUAAUGGUAGAAAACAAAUGUAAACUAAAUUGUUUUCUUCAAUCUGAAAACUCUUAAGUGUUUUAUUAGAAACUUGAGUGAACAGGUGGUACAUAGAUUUUGACCAUUCAUUCCAAAGUCUGUGUUUUUGAAAAAAGAACAUACUAUAAAAAGUGAGGCUUUAUGUCUUUAUGAUGUUUUCACAUAUUGAAAUAUAUAAGAAAAUGUGAUAAAGCCUUUUUUGUUUUUAAUUAACUUUAAAUUUACAGGAUAACUUGUCAUGUUUUUUAGCUUUACUGUGGAGCAGUGUACAAUUGUUUGGGAAAGAAUAGUAAUAUUUAAACUAUAUAGUUCACCACAGUUUUUGAUUUUGCUUAAGUGUUUGCAAAGUAUCAGCCUCAUGUGUACAACAAUACUCAUAGGAUCCUGUUUCUUAAUCUUUUAAAAACCAUCUUGGAGGUGCCUCUUUCCAGUUUGGAUCCAGGCAGGCUACACGCCCUGCUGCCCCCCCUCCCCCCGCCAAUUAACUAUCCAUCUUCUAUCAUCAUGAUUUAGUCAAUUUAUAGCAAGCCAGAAACCUAGACUAUAUAUCCUGCUUUUUCUAACAUAUAAAGACUUCAGAAAUAUAAUAUCCUGCCUAAAUUUUUAUUUUGGUUUAACAUAACAGUACUGAGAUGUUUUGCUUGAAAAAAAUAAUUGCUUUUUGAAAAAUGUGAGCCAAAUAUUAUAUGACAGCAUAGUGCUUUUACAAGAGUACCCUGCUGAAAGUGAGAACUAGGCCUAAUUUUUCCAUUACUGUAGGACCUGGUUGGUUUUUAAAACUUUCUAUAUCUUGAUUUGAUGAUGAUAUUCAGACUAAUGAUAUCCUUUGCCUCUCUUAAGUUAAUGAAAUCAAAGCUCCAUAUCCCUUGCAAACACUUACCUUGAUUUUUCUUUAUACACAGGUAUAGAAUUUGAGAAACAAUGGAUCAUGUCAGAAAUGUGAAGUGCUUUUCUGACACUUUAAAUGUAUCAUUUAACAUCUUCUAAGUCACUAUGAGGGACAUACAUUGUUUUAAAAAUGCAAGAUUCAGUCAAAUAUUAAUAUCUGUAACAUUAAAUUAAUUAAAAUAAUGACAGUAUUUAAACACAUGAAAAGAAACAUGACAGAAAAAAAUUGUGACAGUAGGAAAAAGAAAAGCUUAACAUGUAUUGAACACUUAACUAUAGACCAGGCCAUGAGCUAGAAGCUUGAGUUGACAUGACCAUAUUUUGUGGGUGACAUUUUCCCCAAUAUUUAUAUUCAUAGAUGAUUGGUUUGAUAGUUGAGACUCAGGGAGAUAAUGUCCCAAGUCACAUAACUAAUAAGCAAUGGCUCUGAACUGUCUGUCACAUUCCGUCACAGUCACUACCUCCCAGACGGUUCAGUGCCUGCCCUGCCCCACCUGGUAGGAUUAAAGCAAAGUUAUUUCCUGACUCAACAGUGAUCAACCAGGAGAGGUUAAGCUGAAUUUCACCAGAUAACAGGGACACACAAACCUUAAAUUAACUAUCAUAGGUGAGGUUGAGGGAUUAAAAUGAGAUUAAGUUCCGAAUAUAAUCUAAUGGGGCCAGUUUUAAUUGCUAGGAAGCCAUUGUCAUCUCCUGCCACCAGAAGACCUGUGACAGUGAGAGUACAGCCAAGGGAGCCAGAAGUGAGUUCUGACCUAUAGGCUGUGGGCUAGAGAAGGGUGAAUCCAGUCAGGAAGCUCAGUGUUAAAUACGCUGUCUCAUUAAAUAUUUACAAUGACCCUGUGAAGUAAGAAUCUCCUUUUACAGAAGACAAAAUGAGCUCUGGAGUGGUUACAUGACCUUUCGAGAGUCACAUAGCACUGAAUUGGCAGAACUGAGGUUUGAGCACAAAGCCUGUAUUUUUCAUCCUAUGCUGCACUAUACUUUGCUGGCCACUCCCCUGCUGUUCUUGAAGAACUCUUGUCUUUUGCUCUUUCUCCUUUUACAAAUCAUAGAAAUAUGCCAGUAACUGUACAGAAAUAGCAUUUUAUAAAUACAAAUCCAAAAUGUAUACUUAGUUUUAUAUCAUCCACAAAAGUAGGGUUUAAAUCUCCCAUAUAAUAAAGGAAAUUCCCAAGUACUGCAACAUGACUUUUUAUUGUUUUGGGAAAAUGAGUAUCAUCAACUUGAAAUUUUCAUACUCCCUAAGAAAUUAAUAGCAUAAAAAUAAAACUUUUCGAGUUUUCAUUUAUUACAGGAAAGGUAACCAAUUAUAUUUGCAGAAAACUUGAUUAAUAAUAACCUUUGGAAUAAGUAUUUCUUUGUAAAUCCGACAAAGGAUUCCAUGGCAAUGAGAGACAUAUUAAUUAUUUUGUUGGUUAAUUUUUAUAGUUACCUAGAGAUUGUAGAUCUUCAUGGGUUACUGUCAGGUCACUAAAAAGCAUUACAAUUGGAGCUCAGUGGGUGGAAGAGAUUAUUCAUUUUGCUCUUAGCAAAAUUUACUGUGGUAAUUCUGGAUCAUAGUUCUUCACCCACGUUCUAAAGUCCAGAACUUACAGUUCACCAAUCUAGAUGGACUUCAAUAUCUCUUCUAUUCUUUAUUGGUACUGGACUAGGCAUCUAUCAGAGAUAAGAGGAUAAUGAGCUAAUUGGCAUUAGGCAGCUAUGAGAUAAAAAGCCCUGAAGUUGAGUGCAGUGUGACUUUAAAACCUGAAAUGAUAUAGAAACCAAAACUUCCUGUUCAAACAACAGUCUGUUGCCAUUUUGUACAGCAACUUAUAUAAUUUCUGGAAACAAAUAGCUUUUAGGUACAUCCUUUUAAAUAGUUACUGAGCUCUUCCUCUUAGUGGAAUUGGGGAGUUUUUAGGAUGCUUUAUUCCAUCCACCUUGACAGGUAAUUUAGGGUUUUGCACAACAGAUUUAUUCUCCUUUGCCUUUUUUCUUUGAUUGUUUUCCUUCUAUUUUUCCCUCCAGAAAUACCUGUACGACAGAAUAUGUACAUAAUAACCUUCCAAAGUUUCUGAGCUGAUAAAUUCCCCAGGGUUAGGACAGAGCAAACACAUAAUACUUCAAAAAAAAAAUGAAUCAGUGUUUCAUUUUUUACUGACACUAGCCAAGUUUGUGUACAUAAUAAUUUCAAGCAAUACAGUUUCUCUUUUUCUCCCCCAUAUUAUUAUUAUUGGAAAGAUAAUAUCAUGUAGAUGUACUUUGAUAUUAAAGUUUGAUAAGGCAAUUUUUGAUUCCACAUAGUAUAUUAGUUUAUAAGCAGAAACUCAAGAAAAUGGGUAUGAUUUCAAACUAGUUGAUAGUUGGCUUCAGAAUAGAGUGAAUAACCCUGCAUCCUGAACACUUUAUGUCCCUCUAUUAUGAUGGAGAUGCUACAAUUCUGACAUGGUGUCUUGAGAUAUUGGGUACAUGUUGUCAGUCCACACUGAUAGAAGCACGAAUCUUGUUUAGCCAAGGCGUUUAGCCUAGUGCAAUCCAGAUAAACAAUAAAAGAGGUUGGUUUCUGGAUGUAUUCUAAUUUAGCUUUAUUCAAGACCUAUCCUUAUUCAACUAUUACUCCACAAAUAUUUUAUUUGGUAAAUAUCUGUUGAUUCUUAAUGUGCCUGUGGCUAGGGGAUAUAAAGUAGAACCAUUGUUUUAUGUUAAUUAAACUUGUGACUUAUUUGUGAUGUUGUUUUAAAAAUUAUCAUAAUAUUCAGUUUGGUUCUUUAAUUCUUAAAAUCCAAAAAGAGGAAAUAAUACACCAAAGAGUCUGUUUGUUAAAUUUUUAUAUACAUACAAUGUUACAAAGAAGUAUUCUUCCAAAUUUACUUUUGUUUU